ACCAGUAGGUUACUAGCAGCCUAUCAGGUUCCCGAAAUCUGCCCUGUUUUGAUUGAUUCUUUUUUUUUCGGAAAUUUGAUAACCCUGUCUUUUGGGUUUAUCUCUAGCCUACCCCAACUCGUUUGGGACAAAGGGCUAUGUUGUUGUUGUUGUUGUAGCAUGUUGCUGUGAACAAGUUGAACCUUGGGAAUAAUCUGUGCCCAUCAUUCAAAACUUCUUGUGAACAUUCUUCUGCCAUUUUCUUGCACAGGCUGGCUUUCAGAAGUCUGUUCCAGCCUGAGAUCUCUGAUCACCUCCAGACUUGGCAACUGUCGCACCCAACAUUAUGGGCCAGAUGUCCUUUUAAGUAUAAUCCAGUGUUGAAUGCCCCUAUUAGAACAUUGCACCUGCACCUAAGUACAGGCAUUCUCGUUUUAGCCUUUUAGGCCUACUACUACCUCCUACUGUAUAUAUAGUGCCGUAGGUUGAGAUGUCUCCUAUCUUGCAAGCUGCUGCACUGAGUGUGCUAAUAUUCUUUUGGAAGCAAACGUAUAUUUGUCAAACUAGUGUUUGACAGCUUCUGCCACUUUAUUGGAAUUUCCUGUAUUGCAUACAAGCUGCCCCUCUUUGUCUAUCUGUUCUUAAGCCUUCAUCUCUCCUCCACCUUUCAUCUUUCCUGCCUCUUUUGUUUUUUGUUUUACCUAUUCUCCUAGGCAUGCUGUGGUAUAUUAUGAUACAGCCAGUCAACCAUGUACUUGCUUAAUUUCAAAACGUGAUGAGACUUGUUCAUUGUGCUCUGCAUGUAUUUGGGUGAUGUUUUCCAUUCCUUUUUGGUCAACAAGCUAUGGUUUCAAACUCGCCAAUACUUAUUUUCCAUCAUUAUUUUUCAGAGAUUGCACUGAAUGGGACCUAUUUGAUGUUUUCCCCAUUCUCUAUUUGGGCGCUAGCUGAUGGAUCUCCACAUGAAACUUCUCCUUGUCUCCCUCAGCUGUGUUCUUCUGAUGCAGGCAGCAUCAUGUGAUGGAACCACGGGGGAAACUGAAAUGACAAAUUGGACAUGUGUAUGCGCAGCUCAUCCGCUAGGUGAAUCUAACUCUAACAGCAGCUUGUUGUCCAAUUGCUCUUCGUCCUGUCGUUGCCAGCAAGAUGAGAAUGGUGGCACGGGGUCAUGGAACUGCACAUGUGCCUCUGACAAGACCCGUCAGAAAGAAGAACAUGCUAUGCUACACGAUAGGAGUUGCUUCACUUCCUGUAACUGUACAUCCGGAAGUUCAGAGGAAGGGAAAAGACAUGUCUCCAGUAAAACAGUCAUAAUUACGCUCCUAGUGUGCGUGGUUCUCACCACUACUGCUUUUCUUGUCACCACUGUAUACUACAUUCGCCGCAAGGAUGCGCUCUCUCCUCGUUCUCAGAUAUACUCCUUUGAUAAAUACACUAGCUGGAGCAGCAGAUCAAACCUUGUCAGCCAUCGAUCAUCUCCUCUCCCCCAACUGAAACCGAAACCAAGGCUCAGAGUUCUCAAAGAGUUUCUAUGUAGCUGCCCUAUCAUUUGUGGGAGUGAAAGUGGCACAUUCCCAGGUGUUGUCAUCAGGUUUUCGUACUCAGAGUUGGAUGAAGCAACUGGGAAAUUCUCAGAUGAGCAUCUUAUUGGAGUUGGUGGAUCAAGCAAGGUAUACCGAGGCCAGCUUAGCGAUGGCAAAGUUGUUGCCGUGAAAAAGCUUAGGCCCCUGGGAGGUGCCGACGAAGACUUCGAGUUCCUGUCUGAGAUCGAGCUGCUGUCGAGGCUGAACCACUGCCACGUGGUGCCACUGCUGGGGUACUGUUCGGAGAUCCAGAGCCGGCAGCUGGAGAGACUGCUGGUGUUUGAGUGCAUGUCCAACGGCAACCUCAGGGACUGUCUGGACCUGAAACAAGGUAGGAAGCCCAUGGACUGGCAGACCCGGGUGAGCAUCGUGCUUGGCGCCGCCAGGGGGGUGGAGUACCUGCACGAGGCGGCAGCGCCACGGAUCCUCCACCGCGAUAUCAAGUCCACCAACAUCCUCCUGGAUGACAAGUUCAGAGCCAAGAUCACUGACCUUGGCAUGGCCAAGUGCUUGAUGAACGACGGCGUGACGAGCUGCUCGAGCUCCCCGGCGCGGAUGUUGGGCACGUUCGGGUACUUCGCGCCGGAGUACGCCAUCGUGGGCAAGGCGUCACUCAAGUCGGACGUGUUCAGCUUCGGCGUCGUGAUCCUGGAGCUCAUCACCGGCCGGCCGCCCAUCCUCAAGUCGUCGUCCACCAGGACUGACGAGAGCCUCGUCAUCUGGGCAACGUCGCGGCUGCGAGACAGCAGGCUGGUGGUGACGGAGCUGCCGGACCCGACGCUGCAGGGCAAGUUCCCGGCGGAGGAGAUGCAGAUCAUGGCGCACCUGGCGCGGGAGUGCCUGCAGUGGGACCCGGAGGCCAGGCCCACCAUGACCGAGGUCGUCCAAAUCCUCUCCACCAUCGCCCCGACACUCCAUGGAACAAAGCGCCGGAACCUCCCCAUCGCCGCCGCCUUCAACCUCACGCCGUCGCCGCAUGUCGGAAGAUACGAUCCAGAGCCCGCCGACAUCGAGAGGCAGCAGGAGUGCUCGACGACGUCCGCGCAGUGGCAGCAAGGGCGGUGCGCGCCGCCGCCGGGCCGCGCGUCCUGGCCCGGCGACAGGAACAAGGGCGCGGCGGGCGGCGGUGCGGUGGUGUCGGGCGAGCUAGUGAAUGGGAUGCUACUGAUGAUGAGCCCCCAUGGGCGGAGCAGCUGGCGGCCGCCGCCGGGCGACGACGACGAGGAGGUGGUGGACCUGACGGAGCCCCGACUGGAGACGUUCACGCCGGCAUUGUUCAGAUGAUUCAUUACUUCGUUUGCCGUCGUCGCCGCCGUGGCUCAUCCAGCUGGCUGCAGCGCGCCCAUGCUCGGCUCCCGUUCGCAUCCUCCGCUCCGCCUCCACGCGCGCUUUGCGGUCGCGGCCUUGUCGGCCAUCACCGGCGGCACCGGCGUCGGUCACCAUUCUCCAACAUACCUGACGUGGGCGGCACCCGAUGAAUAUUCCAGCCGUACCGACAAAUCCUAAUAGCAAAACAGCUCAAACAGUUGAUAAUCUCUACAGAGUAAUCAAAUUCUUUUGAUUGCAUUUCAACAUGCAACUGAUAGUUUCAAAAUCAAGUAUUCCCUGAAAGUUCCGAUCCCGACGGAGGAGGUGUGCAGAUCAUGGCGCACCUGGCUUGGGAGUGCAUGCAGCGGGAGGCUAGGCCCUCCAAAUCCUCUCCAACAUCGCUAGCAACGGCUCAUUUAGUACUAGAUGUUGAGCUUUUUGCAACUAGCAAUAGUGUCAACUGAAUCGGAAACUAGCUUACCAUCUGUAUAGACUGAAUGUUCAAGUGAAAUUCGGGUUACUGAAUGUUGUUUGCUUAA